AUGGGAAAAGAAGAAUUGCCGGGUAACUCGGAGCCGGGGGCGGCACAACAACCUCAGUUUACCCCAGAAGAACUGAAGGGGGAGGUGACAGAGAAGGCCAAGAGCACGGGCGUUAUUUACUUGUCUUCGGUGCCUGCCGGAAUAAAACCCUGGCAGGUCGAGACUUUACUCUCGUCGAUGGGCGAUAUCGGAAGAGUUUUCCUCAGACCGAAUGAGAAAAAACCGGGAUUGUAUCGAGAUGGCUGGGUGGAAUUCCUGAACAAGAAAAACGCCAAGGUUUGUGCAGAACUCUUAAAUACUCAACCAAUAAACGAUAAGAAGCUCUCUGGUGCCCUAUGGAACAUUCGCUACCUGCACCGGUUCAAGUGGCAGGACUUGGUAGGUUACCGGUUUAUGGAGGCUUUCACCAAGAAGAAACGAUUAGAGAGCGAAAUAUCCUCACGGAAUCGGUCCACUCAAGACUACAUUGAGAGGGUCGUCAUGAAAAAAGAAGGCAAGAAACGGGCUUUAAGAGCCCGGAAACGCCGUGAAGACCAACGUGCGCUGAAAAACGGCGCGGAGUAA